AGGAUAUAUAGAUAAUUGCACUAUCUUUAGACACCUCUUAUAAACCCACCCUAAAUGAUAUAAUGAACGAGUAUGCCUCGAAAAAAAUUGAGUACGUCUCAAAACAGGUUUCUACGAAAAGGAGAAAAUUCUAUUUAAAAGCAGAGCUUCCUCAAUUUCAGAAAGUGGUUUGGAGGAUUGAAAAUUUCUCAAAGCUGAAAACCAACAACAGCUUUACUCUGAUAGUUUCUCCUUCAAUGGUCGUAAGUGGCGAAUGGUGAUUAAUCCCAAAGAUAACCCAAGAUCUCAGACUCACUUGACAGUUUACCUUCGCGCAGUCGAUCGUACUAAAUCAGUUUUUGCCGAUUAUACGCGGGCUAUUAUUGAUCAAAAGGAUGACUCAAGAACAGUGAAAAGAGAAGUAGUAGGACAUGAAUUUACCAGGUCUUGCGGAUCGUUCUUGCAUCUUAGUGAACUUCACAGUCCAGCUAAUGGGUAUCUCUUAAACGAUACUUGUAUCGUUGAACUUACAGUCUCUAAAUCGAAAUCUAUAGUGGAGGAUUACCUUGACAACCUUAGUCUUGUGGAUUCUAUGUUCUUUUUGGCUCUUAGUUGCUUCCUGGUCGCUUAUCUUACAUGUGUUUCUUUAGUAUCUAUUGGGUCUUAUAAGCUCCCAUCCUAUGUAGACAUGGUAUUGGUUGCUAGUCUUACUGCUACGCUUGUUUCUGGUACUCGUAAGUUUCUGCUUCCUAAAGACUGUGGUACUAGAGACCAAAUGGUUUCAAGCAACGGAGUUGUAGAGAAAAAGAUUUCGGUAUCUUUGCCUGCCAAGGGCAUCGAACUUGUAUCGAAUACAGAUCAAGUCAAGGUUGCAAAGGCAGCACUCGAGAAAAAACAUGAAGGAGAAUGCAAAAAUCAUGCAUCUGUCGAAGAGAAAACCCAAGGGAAGGCGCAAGUCAAGGAUUCAGAGACAGAGCUUACGAGUAACCUAAUGGCCUCCCCAGAAGUAGGAUUGGUGAAGCAUCCAGGUGCUGGUCAAAUCUUUGAAGGUGGGAUGCACAACGAGCACAACCAGGAAGUCCUUGAUGGAGAUAUUUAUGAAGAAAUUGGGGGUUUUCUUGUUGAAAAGCCUUAUGCAUCUUUAUACAAACAGAUAUGGUUGAAAUAUGGGCAUAUUGCUUCCAGCAAUGUCCUGACAGCUUCAUCCAAAUUGUCCUAUGCGAUCCGAAUUGCGCAGUCGACCAUAUAAUGCAUUCCCUUGUGGAUAUAAUGGAUUCGCUAAGGAAAUGAGCUGCCGUUAGUUACUUGAGUUAUCUUCUGAAAUGACUGGUUUCUGGGAAAGUGAGAUAAUGACGGCAGAGAAUCUUCAAUUUAACAUUGGGUGGCUUCGUAAACACUUCGACAAUGUGAAACAGGGUUUUGAUGCGAUGCAGAAAUUAAAGACCACACUGCACGAGGAAGUUCAGCCUAUAAAAGCUGCAACAGAAUGUGAAAAUCAUAAAUUUGUCGAAGAGAGAACCCAAGGGAAGGAGGAAGCCAAGGUUUCAAAGACAGUGCCUGAGAGUAACCUAGUAGCCUCCCCAGAAGCUGGGUUGGUGAAGCAUCUAGGUGCUGGUCAGAUCUUUGAAGGUGUGAUACACAACAAGUACAACCAAGAUCAAGUCCUUGAUGAAGAUAUUUAUGAAGAAAUUGGGGGUUUUCAUGUUGAAAAGCCUUAUGCAUCUUUAUACAAACAGAUAUGGUUGAAAUAUGGGCAUAUUGCUUCCAGCCAUGUCCUGAGAACAUCAUCCGAAUUGUCCUAUGGGAUCCAAGUUGCGGUAGUCCACCAUAUAAUGGAUUCCCUUGUGGAUAUGAGCCGCUGUCGAUUCGUUGAGGUAUCUUCUGAAAUGCUAGUCUUGUGGGAAUGUGGUAUAAAGACGGCUAAUAAUCUUGGAUUUAACAUUGAGUGGCUUCGGAAACACUUUGACACCGUAAAACAGGGUUUUGAUGAGAUGUAGAGAUUGAAGACCACACUGCACGAGGAAGUUCAGCCUAUAAAAGCUGCCAAGGCGCAGGUAACUGCAGCAGAAGAUGAGCUGAAAAAGGUGCAGGCACAAUUAGCUAUGGCCAAGGAUGAGUUAAAAGAGAAGAUAUCUGCCUUACCUAAUAGAGUUAGUCCCAUAACACUCUCAGAGUCGGAGUUUGAGAUGUACUUGGAGAGAGGUGAUAGUCUUGUGUUCGAUGCAGUGUUUUAGACUGGGGAUUGAUUGAACUUUUAGAAUGGAUAGGUUUUAUCAGCAAUUCUUAACGAACCGCCUAAAAAAUAAUACAAGAAACCGCCCAUCACGGUUUUUGGGAAUUUAUGGUCCCCAGUGGGCCCAUCCCUCGGAAGUUUAGCAGGGGUUCAGACCUUUUGAUGUUUUAUGUAUAAUUUU